UCGCGUGGUGCAGUAUAGCAUUACAGGAGGAAGAAUGCCCGGCGCUGCCGGUCCUAUUGUUGUCCUGCGGCAGACGUCAUGCCUAUGGCAUCCCACUACACGAGACCGACGCUGGGACUUCCCCUGGUCGAUCAAUGCUUUUGUGCAUGCGCAUUAGGGUCACAUUCCUAACCUCAGAAGUAGGGAUGGGAGUUGUGUUCGCGUUCCUAACAUCGAUAAGUUGAAACAAAUCGAGUUAGAACAGCGAGGCGAGGAUGCAGUGGCAGCUCCUGCUGGUUUGCGCCACGUGGACCACACAGGUCUGUGUGGUAGACGCCCAGGCUGACUGCCACCCAUUGUGUCUGUCCUGCUCUGGUCCCGAGUUAAACCAGUGCUUGGAGUGUCGGCAGUACAGUUAUAACAAUACCUGUGUUCAGCAGUGUCCGCCGUUAACGUACACUGUAAGCAUAAACCUACCUAACGGUACUGUCACCUUCAAUGAUACGUUUGCUGCUAUCAAGAAUGUAUCAUCUUAUCCCGACAAUGCUACCAUUACUAGUAAUGAUACCCUGCAGAACACCACCACUCCGACAGAGGUCGUCCCGAAAGACCCCACUGCCAGUAACAGAUCUAGAGGUAAUUGUGUGGACUGCCACCCUGAAUGCCAGGAUGGUUGCUAUGGCAACACUUCUCGUGACUGUUACCGAUGUAAACACGUGAACUUCAACGGGACUUGUCUGUCCUGUUGCCCGGAUGGAAGCUACCGGGAUCCCCGGGACUCCUGCAGAAGGUGCCACGAAGAAUGCGAGAGGGACUGCACGGGACCAGGACCGACGCACUGUCACCGGUGCAAACACGUUCAGUACGGCGACAGGUGUCUCCACACAUGUCCGGGUAACACUUACCAGCGGACAGGCACCCCUUCUAUUUGUCGGCCUUGUCACACAACAUGUGAGGAUGGCUGUGUUGGACCGGGGCCCCAGAAUUGUGCCCCUUUGCCUCAAAACGAAAGAGCUAGUCAGCUUUCAGUGGUGUUACCGCUGGUCAUCACAGGUGUUGUUGUGGUCGCACUACUUGGGAGCUGUUUGGUGGGCCUGGUUUCUUGGAAACGACGGUUGAGAUCCCGAAAGCCACAUUCGUCUCCUACACGAAACCUCGCCUGCUACGAACCCGGCAGCGUCAGCACCAUCGCCAUCCCGCUAGGUCCAGAGGAGUCGCCUAUGAGUGAUCUGUACCGAAAUGUCUGCAUUGACAACGCUACUUUCGCCAACGACAGCGACGAUGACGUGGACGUGUCGCCGACCCCUAGCCUUGUGUUGGGCGGAGGUCGUUCAGACGACAACAGCUCUUCUAUUUCUGGUCGCGCCGAUACCGUGAGUGAAGGGGCGGUCUCUAAUGAAUCCCGAUCGACAGACAGUACUGUCGUACGUGUGCCGAUCCCAGCCUCAGAACGGCAGACACGUGACAUACAGACAAACUUUGAACAGGCCGCCUCGUCUAGAUGGUCGCCGGACCAGAGCUCCUCACAGCAGGCCCUGGACAAGAUGUCGUCGGGAUGGCGUUUCAGUUACCUGACGGACGACAGCGGGAUAGUGAGUGACGGCUCACGGUCUUCCACGAUGGACAACCAAAGUCGAUGGAGCGUCACUACGAGUGGCACGGUUGGAUCUGGAGACUCCAGAGUAUGUCUCCAGGAUACAGCUGAUACAGCUGUGAACAGAAAACUGUCACAAGACGCGCGUGAGAAAGACGUCCGCCGUACAUCUGAAUCCCUUCAGGGGGCUCCGGCAGAUAAACAAAGUACUGAAGUAGAGAGCAAAAGCUUAGGUGAACAACCCGCCAAUAGAGAAGACAUCACCUUGACGCACCUGCUGUCUAAAUUCCGUGAUAUCGUCUCUGAUCCUCAGGCCACUGAACCGGGGGCAGUCAACUUCUCGACCCCGCGAUUUGUGGCGGGAAUGUUCGACAAACAAGGCGGGCAUCUGACGUUAGAAAAUCUCGGGAUUGACCUGUACGUACCCCCAGACGCUGUCGAGCAUGACGGUACCGAGAUAUUCAUGUACGCUCGGGGAGCAGAGGAGCCUGCGAUGGAAACGGAAGGAAACAGAUGGACCCCUCCUGUCAUUCAAUGCGGUUCUCAUGGGCUGAAAUUCAAAAGACACGUAAUUUUGACCGUGAAGCACCCCGCCGAGGACUUGACCAAAUGGGCGUUCAAGUUCCAGGCCAGUAAUACUGAUGUUGGGGAGACCCCGGAUUGGAAGGACCUUACACAAGACCAGUCGGCCCUGUGUUUUGCAUAUGGAGACAAGACAGUCAUCUUUGUAGACCACUUCACUCUGUACAACGUGAGUGGGGAGCUUGUAGGUGCAGAGGGCGAAGAUUUGGGACAGAAAACCGAAUGGAAGCGAUUCAGAGUGGGAGUCUUCGCCGAGCCCCUGUUCCUAGACACUGAAAUCUUCCAACUCAGGGUCCGCUGUUGGCAGGACAACGAUUACGAACAGCAGCGGUCGCGAGAGAAGGAGCAGUAUCUAGGAGCGGUGCAGCUUGGUGACGACAAAGUGCUCCACCUAGCGGGAGAUGGUGGAAACCUGUCCGUGGUGCUGGAGCGCCUUCGUCCCGGAUGGUUGGCUUUCAAUGGGGACAGACAGACUAUCCCCUUCCCCAGUCUGUGGAAUGAGCACGCCGAGAUGCCGUCCUGCACGUUUGACAUCGAGAGGCAGCUGUCGGGACUCGUUCCCAAGACCAUCGUGUGCAAAGUGACGGCCUUACAAGUCUCGAACCCGGAUAAGUCCGUCAGUAUCGACGUUCUCAAACAACUGUGUCCCCGGCAGGGUAUUCAAUCUGUCCAGGCCUCUGGCCGUCCCUUGGUCGCGUCUCUCGACUCCGAGUCUACUUUCCUUCGCCUGCAGCCUGAGCUGCGCCCCACACCUCGGUGCGUGCCACAGUUUCCUGGGGACGAACAGUUCAGUCUGCUGUGCCUGGUGUUGGACGUGGAGGACCCGGCUGGAAGAGACUGGCGCAGCGUGGCGGAGACGCUGGACCUGCCGUAUGAGUUCAUACAGUGGAUGAAGCAGCGGGGAGACCCCACCAGGCGGAUGUUGGACUUUCUGGUGGCACAACAUGGGGGAGACUCAUUACGUGUGCUGAGGGAUGCACUUGCGGCGAUCGGUCACGAGAGGGCGCAGCAGAUGGUUGAAGCAAUAAUGAUGGGAACCUCUCACCACGGGCCUGCGGGGCGGUGCAGUGCGGAACAGCAGCAGUGGUCGUCUGAUGGACAACCGUUUGCCGGGAUGUGGAACAACGACGACAGGGGACUAUACAGUAACCACAACACGAAACCGAAACAGCUUAGCAGUUCUACAGCCUUUUUCUCACGGUCAAACGAUUGCAGUGGAACCCUAGCUGCUCAGACACAUCAGACAUUUUCAGUUAACUCCACAUCGUGCGGCAGUACAACAGUGGAGAAAGUGUGCGGAGACAGGUCACUGGGAGAUGGACAAGAAGCGGACGCCUCCAUGACUUCUACUCCUACCCUCUCCCCCGAAAACUCACCACACCCGACAGAAGAAAGCAACAACUCUAUAACUGUGCCUAAGACUUUGAGAACCCAGGAGAGUGGGUAUCACAGUGACGACAGGAGCCCUGGAGGUGAAACCAACUUAGCAUUUACGAUGGAGGACGAGACAGGGUGCAGUGAGAGAAUGGAACCAAGACAGGAGGCAUCAGUGAAGACGAGGCAGGAGGCAGAAGUAGUCGAGACGAGACAGGAGACAGAUGACGUGAAGACGAGGCAGGAGGCUGGUUCCACGCCGCACGCCGGCGAGUCAACCACUGAAGAGAACAGCAGCAAAGUAAAGACGACUGACCAGGAUGUCGAGGAAAAUUCUUCUCCCCCUGAGAAAAACACAACCCCCUGGCCGCUGCUGAUGAACCUGAAGAACAAAAUGUCAAUCCGAUCCAAAAGUCUGCCCGACCUGCUAUGGGGACAGAACAAAACUGAUGCCGCAAAACAGGCUAACAAGAACAUCUCCGAAGAACGCCUGUCACAAACAAUGUGAACAGUUGUUGGUUGUGUCCCGGUUCGGACUAUGAUCAGUUUGACCAACUUUCUAGCAUUUGCAUUGUAUACGUUCGUAGUUGCCUUACAAACAGGAAUUACAGAAUUUUCAGGGGUAACGUUUAGUACACUUUGUAUAUAAGAUCAGUUGGUACGGUGAGGGCGUUUCUGAUAUAAACUUUAUAAGCUGUUGCAUCCUUGAAGUGUUUGAAAAUAGGAAAAGAAAUUUAGACGUAGGCUUGUUGAUGAACCAUUAGAAAAUUGUCCCUCAAUGUGAAGGGAGAAUAAUACAUGUAAUUUAAAUAUUUUGAUAGAAUUGUUUCGUGGUGAUGUGGAAUGAUGUAAACUUUAUGGAUAGUAUAGUGAAGGUUGUAUCAGUGACAUGGGACGCUGGCCCGCUCUGUGUACGUGACUGGAGAAUUCUUUAAUGCAUCACUUUAUUCAUUAUGUGAGACAUCUCACGGAUCUUUAUUAUCUUGUAAUAUUUCACCUACCGGAGUUCUCUGACAUUGUGAGACUACAAUACCUUUGUACAGUAACAGCGAGUUCUAGAUUGUCAUCAAUUGAUGUCACAGGCAUACAAAUAGCGUUAUGUAAAUGUAACAAUGAAGACUAUCACACAGUCGUAAUUUGUAUGUCGUGCCUUGUUGGUUCAUUGCACCAUAUCGUACUAAUAAACAGUAGUUGGUAA